GGGGCGGUGCGGCGCUGCUCCCCCGGCCGCUCCAUCGCUCCGUGCGGCAGCGGCGCGGAGCGGCUGCGCUCCUUGCGCGGGUGCGCUCCUUUGCGCGGGGUGGUGGUGGUGCGGGGGGCCGCCAUGGCGUGGCCCUGCAUCACCCGCGCUUGCUGCAUCGCCCGUUUCUGGAACCAGCUGGACAAGGCGGAUAUCGCCGUCCCUCUCGUUUUUACCAAAUAUUCGGAGGCCACCGAGCAUCCCCUCGCCCCCGCUCCUCCCCCCCGCCCCGCCGCCCCCAUCGAUACCCAGCCUGGCGGCGAAGCGGCGGGUGGUGCGGGGGGGGAACCGGCUCCCGGUUCGACCCGACCCGGCCCGGCUCCGCACUCCUCACCCCCGGCCGAUUCGGUGAUGCGACACGACUACAAGCCCUGGAAGGUGCAACGACCGGAGCCGAGCUGCAAACCCAAAAGCGAGUAUCAGCCCUCGGAUACACCCUUCGAGAAGGAGACGCAGUACCAGAAGGAUUUCCGUGCCUGGCCCAUCCCCAAACGGGGUGAUCAUCCCUGGAUUCCCAAACCGGGACCUUCCCCCGUCCUCGCUUUGGACCGCGGUUCCCCGGAGAAACCAGCUCAGGAGAAGCGAAGGAAGGUGCUUCCCGGUGCCGAGAAAAAGGAGGAAGACCCCGAGGUGGAGGAUGAGCAUCAUCCCAAAGCGGUGCGGGCCGGGGAUGGGCGAGAGAAGGGUCGGAAGAAGGCGGAGGAGCCGGGCGGGCAGCAGCCGGACGCGGGCAGGGGCAGGGCGGCCGCCGAUGCUCUCAACAGGCAGAUCAAGGAGGAGGUGGCGGCGGCGGGGAUCAGCUCGUCCUACAGAAAUGAAUUCAGACCCUGGAUAGACAUCAGGCCUGCGAAAGCUAUGAAAGCGAAGUCCCAGUACAAGCCGCCAGAGGAGAAAAUGACCCAUGAAACCAGUUACAGCGCUCAGUUCAAGGGGGAAACCAAUAAGCCUUCUCCAGCCGAUAACAAAUACCUGGAGCGCAGAAGGAUACGCACUCUCUACAGUGAACCCUACAAAGAACCGCCAAAGGUGGAAAAGCCUAGCGUAAAGCCUUCCAAACCAAAAAAGACCACAACAAGCCAUAAACCCCUGAAAAAGGCCAAAGACAAGCAGAUCGCAUCUGGCCGGGCUGCCAAGAAAAAGAGCGCCGAGACCUCCAACACAGCAAAGCCAGAGGACAAGGAGAAAAGUAAAGAGAUGAACAAUAAACUGGCUGAGGCAAAAGAGGUGCCUUGGAAACAGCUGCCUAAUCAUGCCUGUCGAGUGGAGGAGAUGUGAGCCAAAGGAUGAAAGAAAAGCCUGCUAAUGGAUCGAAGGCAUCUUUAUGCUUUCUAAAAUGCCAGCUUUCCCUGCAAGGAGUCUGCUCCCCGGAAAUCAGCAGCAAGGACCAGCUGCCGGAAAAAUGAUGGAUUAGGAGUGGUGACAGAUCUUAGUGAUAUGUGAGAGCGCUGAGGGAUGAAAACCAUUCCUUCAAUGUCGGCCGCUCAACAGUGACCCCUGAAAAAAACACUGGUGCUACAGACCAAGAACCAAGUACCUUAGUGCAGGACCAACCCACAUGAAGUCGAGUGCUUUCUUGUGAGCGGCGGCUGGAACAAACGUAUAGUCUGCAUGAAAUGUGUAUUGUCUGGCUGGUAUAUAAUAAAGCUGAUGAUCAGA